AGCUUUGCUUGGCAGACAGCACUACAGGCCUCGCCCUGAGAGGAGGCAGGUAAAGGUAAUAGUAAUAACAUAGUUGUACCUUUAUUCUUCCUCAUUUGCUCUGCUUUUGCACGAGUGUCAUAUCUGUCAGAGAAGAGACUACGUAUCACAAGAGUGUUAAGGUUUUUCAGAAGUAUUUGUUUUAUUUUAUACCUCAACUGGAAUGUCUGAAGAUCAGGACUGGAACAAGAAAUCUAUCAGGAUAUUGACAAAAAAGGACGGAAAUACAAAAUGUGCAGACUGCGGAGAGCCAGACCCUCAGUGGGCAUCCAGUACACUAGGUGUCUUCUUGUGUGUGACUUGUUGUGGUAUACACAGAAAUAUUUCAGACAUCAGUAAAGUGAAAUCACUGAGUAUGGCCAAAUGGGAGGAGGACCAAAUAGAGUUUCUACAAAAGCACGGAAAUGAUGCAGCCAAAGCAAUAUAUGAGGCGUAUGUCCCUGUGUAUUUCUACAGACCCACACAUUUAGACUGCCACGUGUUGCGAGAGCAGUGGAUACGAGCUAAAUAUGAACGUAAAGAAUUCAUGAAAAAGGACAUUUCCGAUGGCCUUCCCAAAGGAGUAAAGGAGGGGACCUUAAUGAAGCGAGGACGAGAUAACGGGCAGUAUUUUGCAAGAAGAUUCGUCCUUACAUUGCUAGAUGGCACUUUAAAAUACUUCAUAAAAGCAGAUGCCAAGGAACCAAAAGCUGUAAUUAAAAUUGACAGUAUUAAUGCCACUUUUCAGCCAGAAAAAAUGAAACAAAAUAAUGGCUUACAGAUCACAUACAUCAAGGAUAACAAGACCAGAAAUAUGUUUGUGUACCACAAUCAUGGACAGGAAAUUGUUAGCUGGUUUAAUGCUAUCCGCGCUGCACAGUUUCAUUAUAUGAAAGUUGCAUUUCCCAUAGCUCCUGACAAAGAGAUCCUAAGACGUUUGCCUCAGAACUUCAUAAAAGAAGGCUACAUGGAGAAAACAGGACCAAAGCCAACUGAUGCAUUUAAGAAGAGGUGGUUUACUCUGGAUCAACGAAGGCUCAUGUACUUCAAAGACCCCCUGGAUGCUUUUGCCAAAGGUGAAGUGUUUUUGGGAAGCAGUGAGAAUGGAUACCAAGUAAAGCCAGAAACAAUUCCAGGUACACAAGGCAACUUGUGGAGUUAUGGUAUAUCCAUAAGUACCCCUGAUCGUACUUACCUAUUUACAUGUGAGAGUGAGACAGACCGAGAUAACUGGCUCAGUGCGUUCAAGAAAGUAACCAGUCUUCCUAUGAAUAUUCGAGAAUAUUAUGCAGUCCAAUCGAGGUUAAAGCAUCAUACAUAGCAUGUUCCUUAUCAAAGUCCUCCAACUUUUCAUUUUCUCGUGACAGCUAUCAGGACAUCUCAUUACUGGACUUUAAAAUACAUUUCCUCCUUUUAUAAAAUUUUAUGCACAAGCAUAUGUAAUUAUGACUAUAUUUGUAUGGCAGUUUAUCACCUAGAUUCCAGAAAUGGGACAUAUUUAACAUUCAAUUAAAGUUUAAAAUGCAAAACAAUA